AGCCAAUCAGCUGUUUUUACUGCGUUUCUUCAAUUUAUUAUACUAUUAAAGCAUCCUUAACUUUGUGUCAUCUCCUGUUUUGUCUUGCGCAGGCUAAAUUGCCGUGAAAUAUCGCUAUCAUAAUCAUUUUUUGCGAUUGCACGCAACGAUAGCGGCAUAGCCGAUUCAACCGGGGUUUCGGCGAAAGCACUGCCUCGAUGAACACCUAACCUCACUUUCUCAGCCACUGGACGCAUCGAGCAAUCAUGUAAGCCGACAAAAGCAUUCUAAUGUUCAUACAAGUGAACAUUCCUCGUGGAGAGUGGCGUCUACGUUCGUUUCUUUUGAGUGUUGAUGCGUCUCACGUAUUCUAACCACGGAUUCGUCUCGAUGAGGCUUCUCGCGAAGACGAGUCCGUACAGCGUAGACUCGUAGUACCGGUACUCGGAGUCGAUUCUUCCGUUAUCUUAAGAUCGCGAUGACUGAGAAGUCCAGGAAGAUCAUAACAAGGUUCCACCCUACCCAUGGGUCGAACAUUCUGUUCCGCCAUGACAAUACGGUAGCCUACCGUACUUCUAGCUUUGCUCACUCGCUGGUCUUCAGCGAGAAGCCGCUACAACCUGGUGAGAUCUUCCUGGUGGAGAUCGAGAAAACAGAAAGAGGGUGGAGUGGACACAUGCGACUAGGGCUUACCCUCAUAGAUCCUGGCUCUGUAAACGACAGAUUGCCUGAAUUCGCCAUGCCUGACUUAGUCAAAUUGGGAAAUACUUGGAUAUUUGCCAUUACCAAGAGCCAUACUCUGUGGGAUAGAUCAGACUAUAUGGCAGACACUGCUUAUGGCGAAGGAAUACCAUCUAGGGAGAAGAAACUGAUCACAGAUGGAAUCAAUGUGCAAACAUCCAGAGGAGUUAUUCCAUUUAAAGCGCUUAGACCCAAUGCAAAUGAUACUUCUUGUAACCUCCCUACGGAUACUGGCAGUCGUAUCGGGAUCAUGUAUGUGCCACAGGCUGGCUCUGACAAGGCAGAAAUACAUUUUAUUAUAAAUGGGGAAGACCAAGGUGUGUGCGGAAAGGAUAUACCUUACAAGGAAAGGCCUGUGCGUGCCGUGGUAGAUGUAUAUGGCGCUACAAAACAAGUCAGGAUAAUUCAACUGUAUGGUGAAGUAUCCACCCUACAGAGUGCCUGCCGUGAUGCUAUACUACGAUAUACCAAGAGAAACGCAGUCGAUUCGCUUCCACUUCCGCGAGUUCUAAAAGAUUAUCUUCUAUACCAAUCAUAGUGAAAGCUGCAUCAUUCCAUCUUGUAUAUCGAUUUUGUUUUAUCUUCGCAGUUUCAAUACUCGUUAUUCUUUUCGUUACACUUUCAUUUACUCGUUACAUUAUUCUAGAAAAGAGAAAUAGCUCGCUAAAGUGCUUUUAUUUCUUUUGUAUAAUUUACCGUGUACGUAGUACGUGUUAUUUACGUUAUAAGUAUAAAUCGUCAUUUGUAUUAGAGCAUUUAUUGACAAAGCAUCUGUAAGUUUUAAGGAGCCGACGGACAGCAUUCCCAUUCCGUUAACGUGUAUUGCUACUACAUUCUCACAGUUACAGUCAUACGAAUCUUAUAAAACUUACUCUUUCAAACGAUAAUUAUAACACUUUUUUCUACUCUUGCAAACCUCUGUAUUUAAUAAAAAUAUCGUAGAUUUAAAUUGGAUGCACUGUUAACACACGCAAAGAUGGAUUUAAUUGAAGUAAUCAAUUAAGUUCAAGAUGUUUUUUUCAAAAUAAAUGUAUU